CCACGACAACAUCCAUCGACUUGAAAACAGGCCUGCAAGGGCUCGCUAUCAAGAGCAAUAUGAAGGAAGAGACUGCGAAGCGCAAGGCUGAGGACGAGCCAUCCUCGCCGACCGCGACAAAACGGGUCAAGCACAAUGAGUCGGCCGAGCCAGAGAAGAAGCCAGCAAUGAAGCCUAUCCCUUUCCCCGAGAAGCCUGCCGUCAUCGAAGAACGAACCGGCGAGAUCGAGUUCCGAGUGGUCAACAACGACAACGAGCGCGAGUCCCUCAUCAUUCUCACCGGCCUUAAAUGCAUCUUCCAGAAGCAGCUCCCCAAGAUGCCGAAAGACUACAUCGCGCGUCUCGUCUACGAUCGGACCCACUUAUCAAUCGCCAUCGUUAAGAAGCCCCUCGAAGUCGUCGGCGGCAUCACGUACCGCCCGUUCAAGGGCCGCCAGUUUGCCGAAAUCGUCUUCUGUGCCAUCAGCUCCGACCAGCAGGUCAAGGGUUAUGGCGCGCAUCUCAUGUCCCAUCUCAAGGACUACGUCAAGGCCACGAGCGACGUGAUGCACUUCCUCACCUACGCCGACAACUACGCCAUCGGAUACUUCAAGAAGCAAGGAUUCACCAAGGAAAUCACACUUGAUAAGAGCGUGUGGAUGGGUUACAUCAAGGACUACGAGGGCGGUACAAUUAUGCAAUGUUCAAUGCUACCGCGGAUUCGGUAUCUCGAAAUGGGCCGCAUGCUGCUCAAGCAAAAGGAGUGCGUGCAGGCCAAGAUUCGCGCGUAUUCCAAAUCGCACAUUGUACACAGCCCUCCGAAGGAGUGGAAGUCCGGAGCGAAGCCCAUCGACCCGCUCAGCAUCGAUGCCAUCCGCGCAUCCGGUUGGUCCCCGGACAUGGACGAACUCGCGCGGCAGCCUCGCCACGGCCCCAACUACAACCAACUUCUCCAUCUCCUCAACGACCUGCAGAACCACCAAUCGGCGUGGCCCUUUCUCGUACCUGUCAAUAAAGACGACGUCGCCGAUUACUACGAGGUCAUCAAGGAGCCCAUGGAUCUCAGUACUAUGGAGACCAAGCUCGAGGCGGAUCAGUACGCCACGCCCGAGGACUUUAUCCGCGACGCCAAGCUCAUCUUUGAUAACUGUCGCAAGUACAACAACGAGUCCACACCGUACGCGAAGAGCGCCAACAAGCUGGAGAAGUACAUGUGGCAGCAGAUCAAGGCCAUCCCCGAGUGGUCUCACCUCGAGCCGUAGAAGGGCAAGAGGAAAGGCAAGGAGGGCGGGCCGAAGAAAGCAUUACAAAAGGAGAGCACGAAGGGAGGUCCACGGCGGCGGUCGUCUAGAGUGCGCGAGGUGUCGUAGGCUUAUUUGGUCACAUAGUCUUUUGACGAAAAUUCGGGGUCGGAUAGGUUUCGAAGCUUGUGGGGAUUGGCGUUGGUUGGCGACUAUUUCCCUUUGGGGUUUGUUUGGUGGUGCUAUGGAAGGUGAACAAGAGUGCGCAGGUAGCAAAGACCCAUCGUGGCGUUUAGGAGAAUUGGCGUGCUCCUUGUUAUUAGCAUGAUACUCCAACGGCUGAGAAUUUUAACAAAUGCUUCACAAUUUGCACAU